GAUAAAAGAGAGGCCACCAUAAAACCCCUACAUUCUCUAGAAAUUUUUUAUUAUUCACUUUCACUCUCUCUUUUUCUCUUGUUUUCAUUCGUUGGUCUCUCUCUCACUGACAAAAUUAGGGUUUUAGAGAGGAAAGGUUAGGGUUUUUGGUGUGAGGAAAAAAAUGGGUGCAGACAAAGGAAAGAAAUUGAAAGUUGAAGAGAAACCUGAGGUCGAAGAAGUAGAUCACAUUGACGGCGAGCUUGUUUUGUCUAUUGAAAAGUUGCAGGAAAUACAAGAUGAGCUCGAAAAGGUAAACGAGGAAGCUAGUGAUGAAGUGUUGGUAGUGGAGCAGAAGUAUACCUUAAUCAGGAGGCCUGUAUACGAUAAAAGGAACGAGAUUAUCAAAUCAAUUCCUGAUUUUUGGUUAACUGCUUUUUUAAGUCAUCCUGCACUUGGUGAUCUGUUAAACGAAGACGACCAGAAGAUAUUUAAGUAUCUAAAAUCUAUGGAUGUUGAAGAUUGUAAAGAUGUGAAAUCUGGGUACUCGAUUACCUUUAACUUCAAUGAGAACCCAUACUUUGAAAAUGAGAGUCUUGUAAAGUCAUUCUUAUUCUCAGACGAAGGCACAACCAAGAUAAGUGGCACAAAAAUCAACUGGAAGGAGGGAAUGGACAUUUCAAAUGGAGUCAAUCAUGAGAAAAAGGGGAACAAGCGUUCACAUGAAGAUACAAGCUUUUUUACCUGGUUCUGCGACGAUCAAGACAAAACCCUUUUAGAAGCUCUUCAUGAUGAGGUGGCUGAAGUUAUCAAAGAGGAUCUAUGGCCCAAUCCCCUCAAAUAUUUUAACAAUGAAGCUGAUGAGGAUUUUGAUGAUGAGGAAGGCGAAGAAGGGGACGAAGAGGGAAAGGAUGACGAUGAUGAUGAGGACGAUGAUGAUGAGGACGAUGAGGAAUGAUAGAGAUAGUCCUGUUCUGGCUGAUGUUUUCAGCUUUCCUUUUGCUCUUUUUUCUUUUGGCUAUAUGCUCUGAUUUUGGGUCAUGUGCAUCUAGUAUAUCUAUCUGGUUACAAAAUGAUCAAGUAAUAGGAGUAAAGUUAUUUCUAAAUCUUGUCGAUACAUUACUACUUUUUACAUAUAUGAGCUAUAUAGUUUUCCUUAUCUUUUGUGGUU